AGCGAGACUGAAAAGUUUGUUUUUUAUGGCUUUAGAUCGAUGCUAUGUGUAUGUUAAUUGAUAAACAAUGAGCCUGCAACAUUGAUCGAAGACCUGCCCUCCUUCAUUCCUCUGUUCGCUUGUUGUCUUGGGCGUGCGCAUGAGCGCAUACGGCGGUUACGGCAUGCAGCGGUCACUCUACAGCGCCACGUAAGGGCGUGGCUCGCGAGAGUAGGUGCAGCCAAAGCUGCGAUAUUGAGGGGUGUCAAAAUGCGACGGGCACGACUGGAACUGAAGAGGCUGCGCGCAGAAAAACUCAAAGAACGGAGAGCAAAGGCAGAACGGAACCUUGGUGGGUUGUGUAAAUUGUUGUUAAGGCCGUGACUAUGACUAUUUGGGACAUUUUUUUACAUUAUUCACAAUCUUCACGUAUAUAUAAUAAUAUCAAUAUGCUCGUCGUGCGACAUCAUUCUUGUUUGUGUAUUCAUAUCACUUCGGUGCGUCUCUAAUCCCCAAGGCCCGCAAGAUCGCAAUUGAGAUCAAGAAAAAGACUGCAGCUACCCUGAUAGCUAGGAAUUGGCGCGGUUAUCGCGCUCGACGUGAAAUAGAACAUCUUCGCCGAGAACGCAUGCUUGAGGCUGUCGCACAGAUCCAAGGACAUUUCAAGACACUCUAUUGCCGUACACUCUUGAUGCAGUUCCAAGCUAGUAAAGCCUUCCAUCGUGCAGGCAAAUGCGUACUGCAAGCACGGACACUCAACAGGAGGUUGGAAUACACGACGCGACAUCAUCAGCGAUAUUUGAACCCCAGAGAAAUCUCCCUAGCUGCACAUCGAUUUCCUAUGCCGACAACUGCGCCACAGUCGCAGUUGCAGAGCGACGUUAGAGCAGUGCGAGAUGGCAAACGGUACAUAUGUACCUCAAUCACGCCACUGCCGUUUUACAAGUAUCCGGAGGACGGGUUGUACCUGAAUCCAAAUUGUCCUGAGGAGUCGGGUUUACGUCGUGGGGAGUGGGUCACAGCGAGUCAACAUAAUGAUAAUUAAGGCUUGGUACCACAUUCUAUUUCUAUUCAUAUAAUACAUACUCAUUUAUAUGACUCCUUCCUUUUUAUAAGGUUGAGGGUUUAGGUCCAGCGACGCUUAAAGCACUAAAGUAAAGAAACCGGUUAGUUUUCACCUCUACCCCUAGGCUUAUCCCUUCAGCCAAUAAUCAUAUACAUACUCAUCUUCAACAACUUGAGACGGAAGGGCUGCCCAUCUGCUCCAUUGUAGGUCGCAAAUUCAUCGAGUUCGAGAUUCACUCAAGAUCUUCUAACAUGAAUGGCUCCGCACUGAUUGCGGACACUGGGUACCGAUGUUCGUUAAUGGGCUACGCGUGUUAGAACCCUUCCCGAAGAGGAAGCUUCCACCAGGCAAAAACCCAAUAUUAAGGCUUGGGAGUUGACAUCUCUAUGCGCGUCUCUAUGUCUUCUUCAAGUAGGAAAGCCACAGAUAUGCGAGCUAGAGAUGCCAACUUUCAACCCCUAACAAUAGGCGGCGCAAGGCAUAAGAGGCAGAUCCGAGUCACAAAAGCGACUCCAUCUCCUAGGACCGAAUACACCGCAUCGUCGAAGCUGACUGCGUCGGGAGUGAGUGGUAGUUAAUGUUGUGGAUGGCAGAGGACAAUGAAAAAAGUUUAAUAUGAACACCUCUUCUUUUUAUGAUGAACUCUUUUUGCAGAAGAACCCUAACAUGAACUUUCUUUGCAUCAAACGCAAUUUUCAUGCGGCUCUUCGAGCAAAAGAACGCUUUUUCAAGAAAACCACAAGAGAACCUCAGGCGGCAGAACCCCUCGCAGCGGAGUCAGUAAUUCUUCAAAGUCGGGCACUGCUAGACAACGCACACGACCACCACCUGGGCACUCCGUUUAUCAUGUGGGCGAUGCGUCAAGUUACGCGCCAUCAGCAUUGCGGAAGGACGAGAUCGGCAGCAUGCGUGAAGACCCGGUUCUGCGAUACACAGACGCAGAAAGACCGAACAUUUUUGAUCGUUCAGAACUACUGGGCUUAAGUGUAUGGCCACUUUGGCUAGGAAUCUCUCAGUAGAGGCUAGUAGGGAGCGGGGAUAGAAGAAGUGACGACUUUAUCUGCAUAUUGAAAACGACAUGGGCCGCUUUCGUCAGUAGAGGCACCGACCUUUUUAACGAUGUCAUCAAGAAGUUGCUUUCCUCGUAAUUAAGUAGGUUUAUAGGACGACAAAGAUAGAGAAAGGCAGAAAAGAGAAGUACUUAUGCCUAUCAUGCGUUUCAGAUUACUUAACCUCCUUUAUGUACUUCGUCUUCAUUCCAAGAACUUCUAUCCUCGAUGACCAACGUCUCCGCCUUUUUUAAGCGCCUUCUACUGAGAGUUUCGCUCUGCACAGCUUCCAACUUUGGGUUUUCACUACGACGAAAAAGCCAAACUGGACUACUGGAAACAUGAAUUAGGUUAUCAAAUCCGUUCUCUCGGAGACCAGAAUCAGUUCCCUACGUUACCCGUCGAUGUCACUAGCGACCUGGCGAUGAUGGACAAGAAAACGCCACACAAAUUGCAAACGGAUUUUAGUUAUGGCUACACUGAAUACUAGACUUGAAGCCUUCAUCAUUCUCUUGGUAAUCGCAUGCACUUGUGGAGAAACAAGUGAAAGAAGAUGAACACGAAUUAUAUACAUAGAUUAUAUACAGCACAUGCACUCGACGUCACCCUCUAAUUCAACUACCUAGGUGGCAGCGCGCAUAGUUUGGCAAGCGCAAGCACGGUGUAUCGAAGCGCAACCCCUAGCCCGAUGACGCCCACAUCUGGGAGCAGCCAUAUAGCGUCGAGUUCCAGAAGAGACGUGGUGGCAACAGAUGGAAGUCCUACAACUAGCAGUUUUCAAGCUGCUAAGCGAGGCGGUCCUGCAUCACAUGGCGGCGCAACUUCCUCAAGAGCAGCGCCAGUCGUAGUACCUGCGUCAUCUUCAUUCUCUAGCCGCGUAGAUGGUGUCGGUGAUGGUGUACCCUCUUCGACAAAUAACAAAGCAGUGAUAUCAACAACUUCUUUCACAAGUGCUAGUGGUAAACGGCGAUCUCCGUUAUCAGCAUCAAACCAUCAAGUAGUGACGUCCUCAAGUCCCUCAUCGUCAUCACAUCAAGUGUUUAA